AUGCCGUCGUUCCCCGGACAGCGCCUCCUGAACCAGACGGCGCAUUUCAUCGGGGAGCGCGCCCAGCAGCUCCAGCAUCUGAACCGCCACGAUCUCAUGAAUGAAUACACGCCGGCGCCCCUGAACAAGUACUGGAACGCCGCGACCGUCAGUUGCGUUACAUUAAUAUUACUCCUCGCGCCGGGGCUAUUUGUCAGAGUGCCCUUAGCCGCGCUCUGGGUGGGCCUGUCCUUCGUGCUGGCGUGCAUCCAGGGCGUCUAUGUCGUCUAUCAAUUGGUGAUGAUCGCGCUGUCGCUAUCACUGUUGAUAUUGUUGCGGGUCGCGAAGAACGCGUACACUUUGAUAACAAAGCUGUGGUACCGCCAGCCGCCGUGGCGGCGACGGUUAGAAGCGCUGCAGACGGCGGACAACUGGUCUGAAUAUGAAAGGAACGCGUCGGAAAUAACGGAAGAUGAUUGGGUCGACGACGAGAGCGACAUGCCCGCCGCGGCUCUUUUAAGGCGAGCGAUCGACGAUUUGGCGGCGGCCCGGGACGCCUCGUCGCGAGACGGGUUCCGGACGUUGCGGUUCGCGCUGUCGGGCUGCGUGAAGCGAAACCACCUCGGUAUCGAGGACCGGCAGUGGUACCCCGCGCGGUCGCCGUUGCGGACGAAAAGACUUGUGGAUGCUUACUUGGACGAGGUCUGUUCGUCGCUGGAGAAGGUCGCCGCCACACAAAGUGUACCUGUAGAUGAGAAGGCUCGGUUCUUCGAUCAAGUGAGGAGGACCGUCGGCGUCACGGCGUUAUGCUUGUCAGGGGGCGGCGCCGUGACCAUGUACCACGGCGGCCACAUCCUGGGGUUGAUCGAGGCCGGUUUGUACGAACAUAUACAUGUUGUUAGUGGCACUUCCGGUGGUGCCAUCAUGGCGGCGAUGUUCGGCUGCAAGACCCGCAAAGAGCUGUUGCGGGACAUCUUGGUGCCCCACGUGUCGACGGACUACAAGCGAGAUGGUACGCAAAAGUCCGAGGGAUUGCACUUCUUUCCUCCUCUCUUCAGACAGUUGGUCACGUUCGCCUCGAAAAGAGUUUUAGUUGAUCGGGACCAGUUCAAGCGUGUUUGUGAUUUUUACUGGGGCACGAUCACCUUCGAGGAGGCCUACAACCGCACGAAGAAGGUUUUAUGUAUAUCUGUCCAAGCUCAGAGGGUUUUAGGGGCCGGUUCGGCGCAAAGACUGCUCAUGAACCACGUGACGACGCCGCACGUCACUCUGAGUUCAGCGGUGGCCGCAUCUUGUGCAUUGCCGGGCAUCAUGCGGCCGCAGCGCCUCGAAGCGAAGGACGACCAAGGAAACGUAAGGCCUUUUGAGGUCGACGGCGUGUCGUGGAUUGAUGGUAGUAUCCAAGCAGAUGUCCCGUUCAAGCGCAUGGCGACCCUCUUCAACGUCUCGAACUUCGUCGUCGCGCAAGUGAACUUCCACGUCAAGCCUAUUGUGGACGAUAGCGCUCGAGUCGAAGAGCACUGGGCCGUGCCGUCGUUAGCUAGGCACUAUGAAAGGUGGACCGGCGCCGCCGAACUGUCGGUGAGGAUGCGCGCGACGAUGCUUUCCCAAUUGGGACUGAUGCCCACUUUAUAUGGCAAUUCCGUGCGAAAAGUCUUCUCGCAGAAGUACCACGGCGACGUCACGGUGUCUCCGCGCUUCACCUUCGGCGAGAGCGUCGGAUUUAAAGUGAUUUGCAACCCGAGCGUCGCGGACAUGAAGCACUACUUAAGAGGCGGGAAGCGAGCUUUAUGGCCCCACGUCUGCCGCAUCACGCGCAUGGUGCGGCUCGAGUCUUGUUUGGCCGACUGCUGGGCGACGCUGCGUGCGGAACGACGACGGUCCUUCGGGGACCUGGGUGCACUCGCUCCGGAGAACAAUUUGCCGAAUUCAGCUAUAGGCCGGGACGUCCACGGCGUGGGGCACGACGACGGCAGUCCGGAGCGGCGGAAGGUGGCUUUUUCGACGACGGAGGUCCACCGGGAUUCACCUUCUUAUAGACAAUUGGAGUGGGAGUACCGUCGUUUGCAAACUAGGUUAGAAAGGCUGCGUUCCGAGAAUCUGGAUUUAAGGGGACGGCUCAAGUCGGUCGCGGCGUUGUGUGCCGUCCAGCCGCCGGCGCGGCCCGGCACGCCCGCGUCGCGCUCGAGUCCGCCGACGCAGAUCAUCGUCGACGCGGCCACCACGUCGUCACCCUCCAGAGCCUCCAGAGUUUGCACGAAGCCGCAGUCGCCCGAGCGGCCCGCGUCGCCUCGGGAGAUCGGGUGCUAA